CGUUUAAGAGUUUAGCGUGUGAAGGGUGUCUGAUAUUCUUCGUGAGGAAUCAGGACACAGGGAUGAGAAUCGGUUCCUUUGCGUCUUUCUUCUGAAGUUUUUCCAUUCUAAAUUCUCCCACUUCUCUCUCUUCGAUUUUUUAUACUUCUUCUUCAAUGGGCUUUCUCAGAAUUUCCCCGCAAUUUUCGGAGCAUUUUAGAACUGGGGUUGAUUAAAAUCAAAACCCCUCCAAAAAAAAAAAAAGCUUCUACCUUUCUUUUUUUUUUUUUUUUUCUUUUUUUUCUUUUUGUUUAGCUCCUUGUUUGGUUUAUGGUAAAGAAGGCCAACAUUUUCAAGAGCUUCCAUAGCUGCUUGAAAGCUCCAAAAACAGCAUUUGAUAUUGUGGGUUUUGGCUCAGCCACUGAACUUUUCACUCUCUUAUUUCACAAGAGUUUAUUUAAACGAAAGCCCUCCAAAAGAAGCUUCAAGCUUUUCAACUACUUGAGGCUCUCCUUGUCUGGUUUUAUGUUGAACAAAAAAGGGCCAAUCUUUCCAAGAGUUUCCGCAGCUUAAACCUCUCAGAAAAACACUUUCUGCUAUGUGGGUGUGGUUUGGUUCAACCACUCAACUUUUCUUCUCUCUCUCUCUACCACUAUUGGACUACUAGUUUUUUAUCCUUGGGGAGAUUUUUCUCAACUCUGCGUCUCUUUCUUUCUUCCAUGGAUAACCAAAAACCCACUUCAAAUAUCUUCCCUCUCCUUCUAUUUCUCCUCACACUUCUCCUUCACAAUCCAACUUCACUAUCCCAAGAGACCAAUAGUACUAGUACUACCAAUACAACCACCACCAAAAUCCCCUCUAAAUCUUCAUCAACAAUUGGUCUCAAGAGAAUCACCUUAAGUAUAGUUUUAGGAAUUUUCACAGGACUAAUGGGCUCACUCCUCUUUGCUCUCUUAGUCCGCUGCUUCGUCCGGUACAUAAACCGAACCCCAAUCCUCAAAGGCCCUGUCAUUUUCUCCCCGAAAAUCGACCCCAAGACGCUCCAAUCCGCUCUCCAAUCCGAAAACCAGUUACUAGGAUCAAGCCCCUCUGGAAAGUACUACAAGACUGCUCUAGACAAUGGCCUUAUCAUUGCGGUCAAGAGGCUCGAACCCUUUUCCGAAAAUGGCGAGAAGUCGAUCAAGAGACGGAUUCAGCAGGGGCUGGAGCUCCUUGCCACUCUGAGAGAUAGGAACUUGAUGAGUUUGCGAGCUUAUGUUCGCGAACACGAUAGGUUCUCUUUGGUUUAUGAUUACAUGCCUAGUGGCAGCUUAGAUGAUGCCAUGAAUAGAGUUAGGGAGAAUCAGUUGCAGCUUGGUUGGGAAAUUAGGCUUCGGAUUGCGGUCGGAGUGAUUAAGGGGCUUCAGUAUCUCCAUUCAUUUGUCCCUCAGAUCCUGCAUUGCAACUUGAAGCCCACGAAUGUCGUGUUGGACCCGCAGUUUGAGCCGCGGUUGGUGGAUUGCGCUCUUGCUAAGCUCGCUCCCCAUGUCCAUCGCCCGACUACGGGUUAUAGUGCUCCAGAGUGUUUUCAAAAUGGCAGGUACACUGAUAAAAGUGACAUAUUCAGCUUUGGGAUGAUCUUGGCUGUUCUAUUAACGGGUAGAGACCCAACUGAACCGUUCUUCGGGGAAGCAUCUAGUGGUGGAAGUUUGGGGCAGUGGCUGCGCCACUUGCAGCAAGCCGGGGAGGCUCGGGAAGCUUUAGAUAAGAGCAUUGUAGGGGAAGAAGGUGAAGAAGAUGAGAUGCUGAUGGCAGUGAGAAUUGCUGUUGUAUGCCUAUCAGAUGUGCCUGCUGAGAGGCCCUCCAGUGAUGAACUUGUUCAUAUGCUAACCCAACUGCACAGUUUUUAGAGGACAAAAUGUAAGUAUUAAAAAAAGAAACGGAAAGAAACCCCUUGUUUUGUAGAUUUUGGGUUUAGACUUGGUGGUAGAUUUUGUUUGCUUUCAGGGUUUCUGUUCUUGUGACAGUUGCAAUCCCUUGAGUCGAGUUGGUAUUGGCUAAGACAAGAAAUGAUAAGCUAUUUAGUCGCACAUUACACAUCGCAUGAGAAAGAUUCAUAGGUUUGUAUUUGGUUUUAGAAAAAUAUUGGUGUGUACAUGACUAGACUAAUGGUGUAAGUGAGAGGAAGAGGAAUCUGGAAGUCAGAUUUUUGUAACCCCAGAAUAGGAGUUGUUAUCUGAUCUGAUUAAUUUACUACACAGGAGACAUAUGCAUUAUUGUGUUUUUCAUCCUCUAAUGAUGGUGGGGUUUU